UGUGAUAUUAGUCAUACAUUUGUGAAAAGGGGAAACCACAUCUAAGUUACUUUUUAUUAGAAAGUUUUCAUGAAUAUAAAUUCAAUACCAACAUAUUAAUAGAAUAAGAAUACAUUUUUAUACAGACAAUCAUCAUCCACGAUGGCGAAAAAAUCACCGUCUCAACCAGCCCUACAUAAAGUGAUUAUGGUCGGUAGCGGUGGUGUUGGAAAAUCGGCAUUAACGUUACAAUUUAUGUACGAUGAAUUCGUUGAAGAUUAUGAACCAACUAAAGCAGAUUCAUAUCGUAAAAAAGUUGUGUUAGAUGGUGAGGAAGUACAAAUUGAUAUAUUAGAUACAGCCGGUCAAGAGGAUUAUGCAGCUAUCAGGGAUAAUUAUUUUAGAAGUGGUGAAGGUUUUUUGUGUGUUUUUUCUAUUACUGAAGAUGAUAGUUUUCAGGCCACUCAAGAGUUUCGGGAACAAAUACUUCGAGUAAAAAAUGACGAAAACAUUCCAUUCUUAUUAGUUGGAAAUAAAAGUGAUUUAGAGGAAAAAAGAAAAGUAGCUCUUUCAGAAGCUAACAAUAGAGCACAACAGUGGAAUGUUCCAUAUGUUGAAACAUCAGCAAAAACUCGAGAAAAUGUGGAUAAAGUGUUUUUUGAUUUAAUGCGUGAAAUUCGUUCAAGAAAAAUGGAAGAAAAUAAAAGCAAUAAUGGCAGAGGAAAAGAUAAAUGGUGGAGAGCGACCUGGAAAUCCUUGAAAGACUGGAAAUGUCAGAGAAUUCUGAGAUUUUGGAAAGUCAGGGAAUAAAGAAAUUUAAUAAUCAAGAAAUUUUAAUCACGGUCAGAGAUAAAAAUUUCGAGAACCUAGACAUUUAAUUAAUAUUUUUAAUUUGAUGUAAUUCUUCAUUUCCCAUUAUCAUGCCACCGCUUUUUUCUUCAGUCCAAGUAUUUUAUAUUUUGUUGUAAUUACGUUUCUGUUAAAAAUAGUCGGGAAAUUUUUUACCAGUGACGGUAUUUCAUAACAUCAUUAUACCAGUCAUCCUGCUAGUAUUUCGUAAUAUCAUAAGUUUACCACAUUUAGAUUGUCCUUGAUUUAUAUAAUUUGAAGGCACCUUAACUUUUGAUCUUUGUAAACUAGUUAUUUUCCAUGACUAAGUAAUUUUCUAAUUAAGAAUUACAAAAAAAAAAAUAGUUUUUUAAGAAUAUUGGUAUCAUCUCCAAGUUAAGGAAUCAUUUUAAUGCUUUAUGCAACUUUUAAAAUAAGUAUUACUUAUAUAAUAAGCUUCGUGGCUGAUUGUUGUUAAGAUGUUGCUUUUAUGGUACUGUCCGCAGAAUAAAAUCAGGCUUAAUGUUGUAUGUCGCGUUCGGUUAUUCAUAUUUUGCAUCUAAAAUAAUUUAUUGUUUAAUUUAAUUAAAUUAUAAGAAAACCAAA